AUUGCUCCGCCGAAUGGAUUUUACCUUGAGGGGAAAAUACCUAGUUAAGUCGCCAGCUGAUUUUGUUGAAGAACAAACGGAUCUUGAGUUUCAAGACUAUGAAAACAAAUCUCGAGCAUAAUGUUGCAACAUUUAUUUGAAUGCGGAGCUGACCGAAAUAAGAUCAAGAUCACGGCUGAAUAAUUUUCGUACAAAAAACGAAGGUGCUUGUUUAAGGUCAAAGAAGAUGUCAGUUCGUAUUGGCAGAAGGAGCUUGCGUGCCUGCGCACCGUGUUUCGUCCAGCCACUACAAGUCCAUGUUGAGCCGGACAUGUGCGUCCUGGAAUGUCAUGCGGAUGGAUAUCCGAGGCCAGAAGUCCGAUGGGAAAAGUCCGGGAAACCGGUUGGACGAUCCAGGAGAGUCCACAUGAUACGUUGUGGAGAAAAGUGCUUGCUACAGAUCAAGAUGCCUCAGAGGGAAGACGCAGGUCUCUACACCUGCACAGCCACCAACAUCGUCGGAACAGCAACGACGCACGCCAAGGUAUCCAUUCCAUAUUCUGAUGCAAAAAAAGGCAACGUUUCUCUGAGAUCACCGCUCAGUCCUGCUAAAAUGUCUGGGGUUCGAUCACGAUCGAAGUCGAGGGAACGAUCUACAGAAUCUGUACCUGAAAAUAAAUUGUUUGUAGUUUCUUUAAGGUGCAGAUCACAAAGUACUUCUCGUGAUUUGCCCCAACGAAGUGAAACAGCAUCCAAAUCUAAGCUAAGCAACUUCACCAGCCAUAUAUGGAAGAAAAAUCGGCUACCACCAGAGCGAACGAAAGUUGAAAUCGUCUUAAAUGGUAACACGAAACUUCUUUCCAAAUCCACAGAUGACUGCAGAAAAACUAGGAGAGGCUUUUUGAAUCGUGUGAAAAUUACAGACAUUUUCAAUGGCCAGAAAGCUGAUGAUGUUCUCAAUGAGCCUGUGACUCAAGCCACAAGGAAAUCAUCCGAAAAGAAAUGUAAAAAUAUUGCAAAAGAUAGUGUUAGGACUAAUGGUAAUGUUUGUAGCAGCCCUCCUGUUAAUAAUUUACCUAAAAAGGAGGGAAUACUAAAUGAGCAGAGCACAAUGCAAGCUACAACUCGCGAAAGAAUAAUGUCGUAUUUGAAACGAUUAGAGACGUCUUCAGUGAAACCAAAAGGAAUACCCAGAGAACGAAAAUCUCAUUCGAUAUGUGACACAAGAUUAGAGACGAAUGCCAAAUUCCUCACAGAAGAGGAAGUUCCAAUACAUAGUACAAAGAGAAAUGAAAAUGUCUUUAAAUUUGGUAAAUUCCGAAGGCGAAAGAGUAGUGAAAGCAGUAAAAAAUGUUCCACAGAAAAUACAGAAUGUGAUAGUCUCGGAAUAUCAUAUCAGGAGCAUAAAGUGUUAAAUGCAGAUUCAGUAUUGACAACAAUGUCUGUUAAUGGAACAAAUUUAAAAACAAAUGAUUCUUCUGAUAUUCAUAGUAAUGAACAACAAGAACUUAAUAGUAGUCAAAUGACCUAUCAAAUAUCUCCUGAUAUGGCUGAUGCCAUUUUAUCGAAAGAAGUAAAUGAUUUCCAUCAUUCAGAAAUUAGUUCAAUCAACAGACUUAGCCAAGUAGAGACUUUACCCACUGAUUCCUUUUCAAUAGAAACAAAACAAAAGUUUCAAAAUUUAAAUUCUAGAACAACUGAAAUUAAUUUAAACGAUAGGCUUAAUCAAGCAGAGAAUGCAUCAGUAGGUGACAUUUUAUCAGAAGCAAAAAGUGACUUUCAACGAAUAAAUUUCAAGAUAACAGAAAAUAGUUUAAACAAUAGGCUUGACCAAACACAGAAUGCAUCAACUGAAGAUAUUUCAUUAGCUCCAAGAAAUGACUUUAAGCAAGUUAAUUUCAAUAUAACCGAAACUAACUCAAACAAUAGGCUUGGCGAUGCAGGGAAUAAUACAUCAGCCAAUGCUGUUUCCUUGGAAGCAGAAAAUGAUGUCCAACAAUUAAAAUCUGAUGUAGCUGAAAUCUGUUUAAAUGAUAGGCUUGACGAAGAAAAGAAUAGGUCACCUGACACAGAUACUGAAACUGUAUCUUAUAAAACUAUUGUGUGCAGUAAUUUAGAACAUGCUGAAAUUCCAGAGAUGACCAUAAAUAAAGAAAGGAAGGAUGACACAGUAAAGGAUAUUCAGAACAAUGCUCCCGAAUGUGAAGCACAAGAAGUAAGCGGUACCUUUCAAACAUCUGCAUCAAUUCCUUCGAUACGAGUACAAAAGACUCAAGAAAAGGCAAAAGAAAAGCAAGAUUUACCAUCUUCUGUGCAAGAUUCUACGGCGCCAACUAAAGAUUGUGAUCCUAACGGUGAAAGACAAAGAUCCGGAUCCUUCCAUGGAAGAAAGCAUUGUAAGGGUAAGAUAAGAUAUUCCAGUCCUCUCAUCGAAGAAGAAUGCGAAGUAUUUCUAGACGAAAACAGUUCUCCCAAGACAGAAUCCCUGGAGUCAGAUUUACAGCGAGUGUCGUCCCCUGUCGAGUGCCCAGCGAGGAUCGUCAAGGGCCCUCAGAGUGUCACCGUCCUCAGGGGUGAAUCCGUUACUUUGGCCAUUUCUUUCAACGGAUAUCCAAUUCCGAAGGUUAUUUGGAUGAAAGGUGGACGAGUGCUAGUGGGUAACGGCCGCUUGUCCAUUCUUGAAGGCAGAGAGAUGUCUGUAGUGACGGUGAACGAUGUAACCGCAGAUGACAGUGGAAAAUAUGUGGUCAGUGUCGAAAACGAAGGAGGUGGGGAUUCCUGUUUUGCUUCUGUUGCAGUUGUUGGAUUUCCUGAGCCUCCAGGUGGAGAACCAAAUGUAAGCGAUGUCACGGACCAUUCUUUAGUACUUAGUUGGUAUGGCUCUAUGUACGACGGUGGCAGUGUUGUAACUGGAUACAUAGUGGAAAUGUGUUCUUUACCAGAAAGAAAAUGGCACAAAGUUGCGUCUUCUGUAAAUACCAGUGGUUCCAUCCAAGGACUUUCUAAAGGCCAGCGAUAUAUUUUCCGAGUUCGAGCAGAGAACAGGUACGGUGCCAGCCACCCUAGCAAAGAAUCCAAAGUGAUAUGUUUGGACGAUUAUCUUCAGUAUGAUACAUCAUCUGAUGAAGAACCUGGUACGUUACCUGACUUUUCCUUCGAUUCUAUCCACUUGUUAUAUUAAUCUAUUAGUUCUGUCUUCCAAACAAAUGUAUCUAGAAA